ACAUCGUCUCUCCCAUCUCUUUCUGGCGUCUCAACGUUCUCCGGCGGUAAGAUCGAUCGUCGCCUUCUCCGUCGAGACGACGAACAACGGUAGGCGAUGACGGCGAAGAGAAAGCGGUCAGGCAAAGGCCUGGUUGAAGGUACGGCGGCGACGGCGAAGAGUAAGAGGUCAGGCAAAGGCGUUGUUGUAGGUACGGCGGCGCCUGUUAAUGAGAGGCUACCAAGUCGGCUUUUUGCCACCGACCGAUACCCAAGCAACAGGAAUAACUGCUAUUCGUCGCUGGAGUUCCUCCUCCUGGUGAGGGAUGUGCUUGAAGGUUCAGUCGAGAUGGAAAGGUUGUUGUGCUCCUCCUUCGGGUCUCUCUUCAGGUUACCAGUGCGUAGGUGCGCGUUCUCAGGGAAGUUGGUACAUGGGAUGCUUUGUAGGCAGUUGGUAACAAAGAAACGGUUUGAGAUGUGGCCUGUAUUUGGUGGAGGUCCGACAAGGUUUUCGCUGGCGGAGUUUGGCCAUGUUACUGGGUUGCCUUGUGGGGAGUUCGAGCCGGGAUAUGAGGUAGAUGAUAAAGCGAAGCCUAAGAAAGCAGAUUAUGUUUUCUGGGACAAGUUGUUUGGAGGAAGGCGUAACUUGACUGUAGAUGACCUCGCAGCCAUGGUCGCUGGUGAGUCAACUAUGUCACAGGAAAAGAAGUUCAGAAUUUGCCUGAUCAUCAUAGUGGAUGGGGUGCUGAUGCCGAAAAUACAAAAGCCAAAGCCUACGUUGCAGUAUGUGAAGCUGGUGGAAAACCUAGACAAGUUCUUCUCCUUUCAGUGGGGGCGUGAGUCCUUUUGGUGGACGAUAAGCACGAUGUUACCGGCGAAGAAGGUGCUGGGAAAAUGCGAUGAUCCAGAAGGUGCAUUCUGCGCGCAGCUUAGGCAGGAUUCCAAAUUCCUACUUGGUUUUCCCCUGGCUCUGCAGCUUUGGGCGUUUGAAGCCAUACCGGUUCUACUUGACAGGCUUGGAGGCGAUGACAGCGUAACACUGCUGAGUUAUAUUGGGGACAAGCUGCCCACACAUACGGGGCUGGUGCUUACUGAUGUGCUUUCUGCGGAGAACAAUCCGAAGCUGACGGUUCUCCCAAUGGUGGAUGUCCACGAGGACAGAGAUGAUGGGUGGGGUGUGUUUGACUGCGAGAUUUUGGACCGUAAAGUGUCGUACAUGGUGGGGCUUUUGAAAUCUGGCCACAAGUUCGAGAAGGGGAAGUGGGGUGGUGGUGAUGCCGGGGAGCCUCUAUAUGUCCACGACCCAACUGCGAAUGAAGUGAAACGAAAAAUUAGAAAACUAACUCACAAUGCAGAGGCGGGGCCCGUGAUGAAGCAGAGGAGGCUCAGCCGGUACUUUAGUCGGAAAGGGCCCGAAGUAGGGGACAAGUACGAGGUCCUGUUGGAUGCUGUCGGGGAGUUAAAAAAAGAGCUGGGCAGACUUAACAAGGUAGUAGAGAAGCAAGGCAGGAUGUUGAAGAAAUAUAAGGCUAAAAGCAUAGGGAAGUUUUCAAGCAGCAGGGGAUUGCUUAGUAGAAGGAAGAGGGUCCGUCCUGUUGUUUCUGAGGAUAUUUUUGGGGGCAGCGACCAAGAGCGAACACAUAAAAGUUCGGAUGAAAUGGAAGACGAGUUAGGUGGCGGCAGUAGGUCCACGGCUCUUAAGGAAGGAGAUGAGAUCCCACUGUUGUAUAGUGAGAAAGUUGACGGACGUGAACAGACUCAUGUGGUACAAUUUGGUAGUGGGAGCAACACAUUCUACGUAACUGAGGAAGAGGUAGGGAGCAAAACUGGUGGGGUUGUUGUUGGCAAUGCUUACCCGGUGUCUUAUGUUGAGCAGGGAAGUGAUGAAGCAGGUGAUUUAGGCAUACCUGGGGCGGUAGUUGACUGCGGUACUGAAGUGGAUUUCGGGGAGCUUAAUAGGCUGGUGGGUGUUAUCACGAGAGAGGAGGCGGGUGCAGGAGCUGAGAAUGAGGGUAGGAAGCCCACUGGAUUUGGUGAGAAGGCAAGUGGGUUAGAUGGAAUUGAACCGCAAGUACACAUGGACAAGGGCAGGGAAGUUGUUGGUGAUGCAAGCCAGAGAGGAAAGCUGAUCCAAGGGCCCGAAGAGAAGACUACUGACAGUGCCGUGGUGAAAGUGGGUGAUGAAAAAGUAGCGUUGGUGACAGAGGGAAUGGAAGCUGCUGGGGAUGCAAGCCAUGUAGGGAAACUGAUUGAAGGGCCACAGGACCAGACUAGUGUGGAGGCAACUGGGGGCGUAAAGGGGGAGCGAAUAACUGACAGUUCUACGGGGGCAGAGAGAGCGCGGGGGACAGAUGUUGAAGAAGUUGAGGAUGUUGCCAAUAAGGAGCCACUCGGUGGUGGUGUAGGGUCUGAUAAGGACGAGUCUGGGGCGGUGGAAGAUGUUACAGAAGCUAAGGAUGACAACAAAAAGAAGGGCAGUUUGAUAUCGGAGGGGGACGGCUUAAACUGUGCUAAUGCCGAGGAGGAUGACACACUUGCGGUGCAGCCAGUAAGAGAUGGCCAGAGCAGUGGUGUAGAGGGCGAGGCUGUUGACGUUGAUGGCAGUGUAGAUGAGCAAGUGAUGGAUUUAAGUGACUCGUCACCGUGCCAGAGGAGCGAGAAGCACAAACCAGUUGAGAGGGAAGCCGAGCUGGCGUCGUUGCUGUUGGCGAAGGAGCCAUUCACGAUGGAUAAGAUUGUUCCAACGGCUGAAGAUACAGAUUAUCGUUUCUUCGAAAAUGUGUUGAUUGGGAACCCGAAAGUGCUGCAUCUCAAUGCUGGAAAAUUUGACUUGGACAACCAAUUCUUCAUAGAGCUUGCGACUUCCCAGGAAUGGGUGUCCACAAAGCAUAUUGAAGCUUUGGUGGAGUACAUAGCAGCGAGGCAUGAGGACACACUAAAAGAAAGACGUUGCCUAUUUCUUCCGUCAUGGUUUGUAGCGCAUUUGCAAGGGAAGACUAGGGCUUUCAAUGCAGCUAAGGUGAACAGGGGGAGGGUGUUGGGCGAUGGACGGCUUUCGGGUUUUCUAACAAAGGAAGGUAGGAAGUGGGGUGUGGACGUGGACACAUUGUAUGCGCCAAUGAUUUGGGAUGACAACCACUGGGUCGGACUAUGCAUAAGCCUCACAGAUUGGCGUGUGCUGGUGCUAGACCCAAACCCAAGGCUGAAAAACAUGGAAGAGGUGCGUGGUGUGUUGGAGUCUGUCUCUAAGAUGAUACCUUUUUUGGUGGAGAAGGUGUGUCCAGUUCCGGAAUCGGGACCGUAUGGGUUGGAGCCUUUCACGGUUGAGAGAAUGGGAGGUGCUUACGAGAACAGGCGAAGCGGAGAUUGCGGGCCGGUUUCAGUUAAAUUGAUGGAGCUUCAUGCCUUGGGGAACCCACAUCCUAGGAUGGAUGGUUUGACUGAUGACCUUGUGGAUAUAAUGAGGAGGCAGUGGGCCAUGGACAUUUACAAGGAUUGGGUAGUCCCAGUGUAUGUGGGAGAGGAGAUGGUGUAGGAUUUGGUUUUAUGUUGUUAUGUUGUGUUUGUUUGUAAUGGACGUGAACGGGUUUUUGAAGACGUUGGAUAAUGUGGGGUUUGUAUGAUAUUAAGUGUUUGCUUGUUUGUUGACUGUUAUGGCCUCUUGUUAUUUGUUAUUAGCAGGUUGAAUAGGGUAAGAACUGAGUAGCUCAAUCUCGUACACAUGUACAGCAAAGUAUGAUAGGUGUACAUGUAUAAUGCCAGAUGAGUAGGUGUACACAUGGACGUUAACAUGUACUAUAAUAUGUAAUGAAAAAACUCAAUUUUAUGAUGUUACCGAUGUACACAUGGACGGUAUGGUCACCCAGUAUGAACAUGGAUACAAUGAAAGUGUGUACAUGUGUACAAUAUCGUUGUUUUGAUUGUACAAGUGGAUAUUCUUAACAUCAGAUGUUCUGAAUGUGCAAGUGGAUAUUCUUAACAAGAGGAGACUUCCUUUAAACCGUGGUGUGUAACUGGAGCAAUUACAUGUUAGCUAUACCCCAUAUCUAGUACAACUUAGCCAGAAGCUUAGCAUGUAAAUGUGUUUGGAUGAAGUGUGAAGGCGAAGCACAUGUUUCGAGUUGUUGUGUUUAUGUUAAACGUAUUGAAUUGAUUCCCUCUAGGAUUUUUUGAGAAGUUACGAAGUGUCAGUGUGUAGUGGAUGGUUAGGGCUGUACACAUGUGCAUACCAUAUGGUAGCUGUACAUGUGGAUACGUUAAAAGUGGCUGUACAUAUGGAGGAAAGAGUUAGAUGUUCAGAAUGGAUAUUCAGAACAUCAGAUGUUCUGAAUGGCCCGAAAAAGUAGAGGAGACUUCCUUUAAACCGUGGAGCAAUUACAUGUUAGCUAUACCCCGUAUCUAGUACAUGUUAGUCAGAAUCUUAGCAUGAAAAUGUGUUUGGAUGAAGUGUGAAGGCGAAACACAUGUUUGGAGUUGCUGUUUUUAUGUUAAACUUAUUGAAUUGAUUUCAAACUGGAUUUUAUGAGAAGUUAAGAAGUGUCAGUGUGUAGUGGAUGGGUAGGGCUGUACACAUGUGCAUACCAUAUGGUAGCUGUACAUGUGGAUACGUUAAAAGUGAAUGUACAUAUGUACGAAAGAGUUAGGAUGCAUGUAAAUGUGGUUGGAUGAACUCUGAAAGUACAUGUUUCAGCGCGAGGUGUUUUUUAAUUGUUUUUUCCUAAAUCGUGUGAGAUGAACACGUGUGCGUAAUAUUUGAUGAGAAGUGAAGAAGUAUGUGUCUGGAUUGGAUGUUCCGGUUGUACACACGGAUAUACCGUAUAUUAAGUGUACAUGUGGAUAGGUGGAAACUCAACGUAAGUGGGAAAAGAUGUCUUGAAUAUCCCGAUAGACAAUCCAAAAAGAGACA